AUGGAAAAUGCAUCAGUGGUGACAUCAUUCAUAAUGACAGCCUAUUAUGAUAUGGAAGGCCUGAAAUACUUGUACGUCAUAACAUUCCUACUAUUGUACAUCAUUACCAUUGUUUUAAAUUUCAUUAUUAUUGUAGUCAUUUGUGUUGACAGAGCUCUGCAUGAACCAAUGUAUCUAUUUGUGUGCAACUUGGCAUUUAAUGGAUUGUUUGGCAGUACAGCCUUGUUACCACCCCUUCUGAGUAAUUUACUGUCACACUCUCAUGAGGUUUCUGUAGCUUUUUGUCAAACACAGAGCUUUUGUUUGCACACACAUGCAUCAGCUGAAGUUACUAUUUUAACAAUGAUGAGUUAUGACAGGUAUAUAGCAAUAUGUCACCCCCUGCAGUAUCACAGCAUUAUGUCUCUUUCAAAAGUGUACAAACUCAUCGCAUUUUCUUGGUUGUAUCCCAUAGCCGCAGUUGCUGUGAUAUUUUCUCUAACUGUACAGCUCAUAUUUUGUGAAGCAAACAUAGACAAGGUGUACUGCAGCAAUCAUUCACUGGUUAAGCUCUCCUGCACAGACACAUCUGUUGUAAAUAUUAUUGGAUUAAUUUCAGUUGGUGUGUAUACUUCUCCACAGGUAAUACUUAUUCUUUAUACAUAUUCACAGAUUCUCAGAAUCUGCUUACUGUCUUCCAAAGAAUCACAGAUAAAAGCUCUGAAAACAUGCCUACCCCAUCUAUUAGCAAUGAUAAACUAUUUCUCUGGAGGCUUAUUUGAAACAUCUCAAAGUAGGAUAAACAUGAGUCAUGUUCAUUAUGAUACUCGUCUAUUCUUGUCCCUCUACUUUUUAAUUUUUACUCCUAUAGUAAAUCCUGCCAUCUAUGGAAUGUGCAUCCAAGCCAUCAGAGUUAAGAUUUUUAAAAUGUUCAGCAGUAUGUGUAAGUUAUCCCCAGCAUCACAGAAGCGAAUCAUGAAAUAA